CCUGAGGGGGGCCAAAAUUCCCGGUUUUUCGAGCCCAAAAUCCCACAGGGAGCGCCCGGAAAAAUGGGAAGAGUCAAGGGAAAAAAGGCUCAGCUGAGGCAGCUCCAGGAGCAGCUCCACGUGCAGCUGGACCGAGUGGCCGCGCUCCAGGAGGUGGAAAGAUCCCAAAAAUCCCUCCUGGACGAGCAGGACGAGCGGAUCCACCAGCUGGAGAUGGAGCGGCGCCGCCUCCACAACGACAUCCAGGAGCUCAAGGGGAACAUCCGCGUGUUCUGCCGGGUGCGGCCGGUGCUGCCGGAGGAGUCGGAGCGGCAGCGGGGGCUGCAGCACCUGCACUUCUCCCCCCACGACCCCAAAACGCUCGUGCUCACCCGGCCCGACGAGUCCCACGUGGGGCGGGAGCGACGCCCGGAGCUUCGUUACGACUUCAGCUUCGACCGCGUCUUCCCGCCCGCGGCUUCCCAGCACGAAAUAUUCCAGGAAAUCCAGCUCCUCGUCCAGGUGCCUCCCAAAAAAUCCCCCCUUAACCCCUCUGGAACUCAACAUUCCCAAAAAUCCCG